UGGGAGGUUAGCAUAGCAGACAAGAGAAACACUCCAGUCCUGAGUGUCGCUCCACGUCAGUGUUUGUUCCCGUAGAGGACUUAAAUUGCUCUGUCUGUACUCAUGAGGAUUUACGGUGUACUGGCAUCACGAGUAAACAAACAGAGGAAGAAAUGGAAAGAGACAGGCGACAGAUGGGGAGAGUUUUUGUAGCACGAGGUGAAGUCCUGUAACGACAGCGCUGAGAAACCUGAGUAAACGGAUUACCACAGUUGGCUGCGGUAGGUGUCCUUCCCCUCCAGCUUCACCUGUCAAAUCCUGAAAGUCUGAACCGAAUCAAAGUCAACCUUCACCUUACUUGUCCCAAACCAGUAGAUAUUAGACUCUGAGUUUCUGUAUGUGGUAUUUGAGGUGAAAAUAAUUUUUCUCAGAUUCACUAACCAAGAUUAAUUCCACAUUUUCUGUGCUAGACCUCUCCAUGGUCUCAUCCACAAGCUGCCACAGGAUAAUAAAGGAGUUCAUAGUUUACACCCUUUGAAUCAUUAUGGAGUAUUAGUCACAUUUCAAGCUGUGUUAACUUUUGUAUCUCUGAAUAAUAGUCUAUGCUUUGCUGCACUGUAGAUAAGCAACAGUUAACAGCAAGGAACUGGUUUUUCCUGUAGGGGUGAGAUGCUUUAUAUUUAACGUGAGAUGAACUGUAGCUAAAGAAAUAUGAUACUCAACCUUAGCCUUCAUGCCUCAUGUGAGGGGUAAGUUGAUCCACCUGACACACUCAAAAAAACCCGAUUCUUUGUCCUUAAUAAACACGAAGCACUAAUUUUGAGUAGAAUGCUACUGAGAUAGAUAAAAUCAAAUGUUUAUUUAGCCAGAUAAUGACAGCCAGAUUCAUUCACUGAAUUCCACCUUCAGACCAACUGUAUAAUCUGCAGUAUCCUGUCACGGACGAUAAUCAGCCAGGACAACUCAUGAAACAUCUGCUUGCAUGUUGUUGAAAUCAGCUGUGUACAUUCACAAAGAGCAUCAAACCUAUUCUGUAUUUAAAAUAUUAAAAAUAAUAUUCAUUGUUAUGGUGCAAUAUGAAUUUUAGGAUCACAUAUUUGUCUAAGCUUCUCUCUAAACUUUAUGCUCAUUUUACUCCACAGCCACUAGUUUGGGAAAAGAAAGUGCUUCUGACAAACAAGAGCAACGUUUUUACCAAAGUUGUGACGUAAAUGCGAUAAACAGGCAACAAACAAAGCUGAUUUAUAGAUUAGUGGAGAAAAUAGAAAGAAAUAUAUCUACUCCAAAAAUAAAACUAAAUGCUUUUGUAGUUAUGACAACAGUAUUUACUGUGUGACACUGUAGGUACAUCCCAACCCCAGUCACCAGUAAAUAUAUAUAAUAAUAUAAUAAUAUAUAUAUAUAUAUAUAUAUACAGCUGAUCAUCAACAAUUCAACAAGUCUGCUCCUGCAGACUUGUUGCACACUACAACAGAUGGAGCACUUGUGCUGUAUUUAAGAAAGCUAAUCUGUAAAUCAGAUUGGGAGCGUCCACAUCAAUCGGACUUCGAUGAAUCAUGUGUUCAAGUGAAAAGCCACUGGACCAUCUGGGCCAUCUGAACCAUCUGGCCAUGAAGCCGUGAUUCCUCCUGAUGGUAAGAAGAUAAGGCUCUCAGUCUGUGUUCGUCUGUUAGAACGAGGCGGUAACAAUGUGUUAAUCUUCCUACUCGAAGUAAAACUAUUUUCCUAGGAGGUCAGUGUGCUGAGUGAGGUGACAGAGGACGUGCAGAAGCUUUGCUUCUGGCUGUGACUUUGGGAUAAAAUAAGGAAAAGGAUGGCAGCUAUGUACCGAUCACCCUCUCUGGGAAACAAAGAAUUAGUGGCUCUGUACGGAGGGGAAAGAGAUCAUUAUUUUGACAAGGAUGAGGACUGUAUCAGUGAGGAAUGUGACCUGGACUCGGAGUGCAGUGAGGAAGGAAAAGACGGGAGAGGCAUUCGCAGCUCUCUGUCACUGGAAAUCGUUGGUCUGCAGAGGGAGCAGCAUGUUUACUUCUCCAACCAGGAGUACUACAGGAGGCUGGAGGAGCUGAAGAGCAAUCACCUGAGGAACAUGGCUGAGUUGGAGAGGAUGUACAUCAGCCAAGGCAAGGAAAGGCAUGGAGGGGGCGAUGACGCAUGUCUGGGAAGAAACAAAGAGGCCAGGCAGCUCCUCAGUGGCCCUGCCAGGAGACUCCAGAGGAUCAACUCCCAGGAGGAGCUGGACUUCCAGGAGUCAUCAAGUGGCUCGGACCAGUCGGAGCUCUGUGGAGAGGACAGCAUUGGGGAGCUGGACUGGACUCCCAGCCAGGAGCAAAUUUUUGAGAGAGACGUGCUGCUGAGCCCAGAGAGGAUGACGAGCCAGAACCGGUUUCGCUUCCAGCCCAAUACCUCCUGUCCGAAACCGCAGGCAAGAGUGUCCGAUCAAGCUGGUGCCAGAAUUCUGCCCAACUCCAAAGUCACUGUUCCCAAACCUUUCCAGAUGAUGCUAAGAGAAGAGGAGAGGAAGAAGCACAAAGUGCGCACACGUUCAGAGAUUGAGCUGGAGAACACGCUGCUGAGGCAGGAGUUGGAAGAGCUCCGAGAAUGCCAGAAAAAGUUCCGGGCGUCACCUGCUCCGGCACACAUACACCUGCCUCUCUAUGAAAUUAUCAGCCGUCGCAAUAGUCAACGGUCAAACCAAAGCAGAAGCAACACCAACAAUAACAGGAACAUGGAUGCUACAAGCACCCAGACCUCUACUGCACUCUCACCACAGCCUUUUCAGUUUUUGGAGAGAGAAAGGAGGAAGAAGGAGGCCAGGAUUGUGGCAGAGCUUGGAAAGUUUGGUGAGAGAAUUGAGCGACAUAACUUCAAGGCAAAGCCAAUGCCCACAUCUAUUUAUGGCACCAGACACAGAGAGGGCACCAUGACUACAAGCCAUGAUCCCUACACUCAAAUCUUCUACAAAAUGGAAAGAGAAGCUAAUGAGAGCCAAAGUGAUCAAAGCUCAGACCUGGAGCUUGAUAUGCACCAAUCCGACUCCUCUCUCGACUCCUGCAGGUCCCAAAGAAGUCCUUCUUCCAAGCCAAUGAAGAAGCAAAUACAGCUGUCCAUUGAGAUGGUGAAGGAGAGAGAGACCCCUAUCACUGACCCCAGCGGCUGCAACAUCUGCUUGUCUCAACAGCUGGGUGGCCCAGAGCUUCUGCUCAGUAACAAAGGUGUUCUCAGUGUGUGACAAAGUGUUUAAAACUCACAGCAAAAAGGGAGACGAGGAGCAGUUACAUCUACACUGUUUUUGAGUUAGUUUUACAAUGCAGGCAAGUCAACAUGGUUUCUAGUUGCUCUUGAUCAAACAAUAAAACACGGUUAAAGAAA